AUGGCGUCUCAAAUCCGAACUCUGCCUCCAGGCCACUCUGGGGAUGUGAUGGAAAUGAGAGCACAACCGCAGAAGGAAGAGCCCAACGUCGAGGUUGCGGGCGCCGAUAUCGACACCGAGUCGAACGAGCUUGGCGAUGGGUUCAAGUCUACCUCCGCUGAUGCGGUCAACAUGCGGCGAAUGGGAAAAGAUCAACAACUGGUCCGACACUUUCGAAUCCUCUCCAUGGCCUCAUUUGUUGCUGUCGCGACAGCCGCCUGGGAAUUUACGGUCUUCAAUCUUACUGUAGCCCUCACAAAUGGAGGUCUCCCCGCGUUGGUCUAUUCGGCGCUCUGGAAUUUUGUUGGAUUCGCCCCCAUUUACCUGAGCAUGGCUGAGAUGGCCAGUAUGGCACCCAUCGCCGGAGCCCAAUAUCACUGGGUGAGCGAGUUCGCUCCUGACAGUCUUCAAAGGGGUCUGAGUUACCUCACAGGCUGGACCUCCACCAUGGCCUGGCAAGCCGGAAACGCCCAAGGUGUAUUCCUCGUUGGCACUCUCGUUCAGAUUCUCAUUUCCCUCCACGACGUCGACUACACAUUCCCCCAGUGGCACACGACCCUGCUUGCCAUGGGUGCCGUGGGUAUUGCUUACGUGGGAAAUGUGUACGGGCACAAGUUUCUCCAUCUCUGGCAGAAUGCGGUUUUCACUCUUCAUGUUCUGGUCUACCUUGCAUUUAUCAUUCCGAUCUGGGUCAAUGCGCCACGAGCCUCAUCCAAGCAAGUUUGGACCGAGUUUACAUUUUCCAGUGGUUGGCCUAGUGCGGGAUUAGCAGUGCUCGUGGGACAGCAGACCGGGACCUUUAGUCAAAUUGGAAUUGACACGGCCGCACAUAUGUCCGAGGAGGUGAGGGACGCCUCGAAAGCGGUACCGAAGACGAUGAUCAGCAUCUGGAUCGUCAACUUCUGUCUGACGUUCCCGGCUUUUCUGACCGUGGCCUACCAUAUCCCCGUUCUCGACGACGCUCUCGCCGACCCUACUUUAUACCCGAUCAUUUACGUCCUCCGACAGUCCAUGUCCAACGCAUGGCUCACAGUCCUGCUCACCUUUAUUCUCUUUCUUCUGGUCUGCUCGAACAUGACGUACCUCGCGGCGGUCACUCGAGAUAUUUGGGCCUUCGCUCGUGACCAAGGCUUCCCCUUCUCGAACUGGAUUUCACGGGUCGACCAAAAGCGCCAUAUUCCCCGGAACGCGAUCAUCGUUACCAGCAGCGUGAGUUUCUGUCUAAGCUUUAUCUAUAUUGGAAGUCCGGUCGCCUUCUACGCCAUGACGUCCCUGGUCGCCGUGGCCCUUCUCCAGUGCUAUUGUCUCAGCAUUGGUUGCUUGCUGUGGCGUAGAAUUGCUUAUCCGGAAACGCUGCCACCGGCAAGGUUCCCUUUGGGUAAACUUGGUAUACCUAUUAACAUGGCGGCUGUUUGUUACGCUUUUUGGGUUUUCUUCUGGGCCUUCUGGCCCACAUACAAUCCCGUCGUACCGUCUACCUUUAAUUGGGCCUCGGUACUUUUCACUGCUACCUUAAUCGGCUCCGGGAUACAUUUUGUCUUCGUGGCACGUCGCAGAUACGUUGGCCCUGUGGCCAAUGUCCAGGGCAGGAAGGUGCAUCCUCGGUGGACAGGCGAGAGUAGUCGUUAA